CUUCCCCAUCUCCAUCCGCGCCUCUGCCUAGCCUCCCCACCUCCGGCGCCGCCGCGUCCUUCCACCGCCACCGCCACCGCCACCGUCAGCCAAUCCUCUCGAACAGCACCGGAGCGGGGGCUUCACCUCAGCUGCUCCAUCCAUGAUGAGCUGCCCCCUUGCUCCGCCCCAGCGCCCCAACAUAGGGUUCGCCUCUGGCGGCGCUCUGCCACGGUAAGCUGGGGAGGCCGCGACCCGGUGUUACCUGGAGGAAGCGGGGGUGGGGUCUCGCCGGCGGAUGGACGCCGAUGAGGCUGCGGGAAGUAGCAGGAGGAUGGAUCUGAACCUAUACCUCGGCCUCCCGCUCGCCCCGCGCCCGCGCCGCUCCGACCUCGGCUCCGACCUCGCCCUCAGCACCCCGAUGCCCUCUUCGCCCUCCUCCUCGGCCGCCUCCGUCGACGCUCCUCCGCCGCCGGAGCCCCCGUACGUCCCGUACUCCCCGUCCCGUGUUGACCUUUCUCCUCCACCACCGGAGGUAUACUCCUCGUUCCAUCUCGAGGAACCGCACCUACAGUACGUGCCGCCGCCUCCGGCGCCGGUCAUCCAUGGGCCCCAGGACGACCACGGAUUCGGCUUCCAUCCCCCGCCACCGCUGGUGCGAGCCAGCGAACUGCUGGGCUGGGAGGACCGCCCGUCUUCAUCGACGGCCUCCUCCUCCUUCCUACCUGACGUUGCCACAAGGUACAGGCGGCUGCUCGAGCAGACAGGGAGCCGAUGGCUCCGCACAAGGCGGUUUAGAUCGGACCUUCCGCCGCUAGGCUCCGAGGCUCAGCCUGCAGGGUAUGACACAGCAGUGCCGGUGCCACAUCACGAGCCAGCGAAUGAUACUGUUGGGGACAAUAAGGUAGCCGGCAGUGGAGCUGAAGCAGGUGCCUCCGAGGAGCCGGAGGAGCGGGGCAAGAGCACUGCCACAUUCGAGUGCAACAUAUGCUUCGAGAUGGCCGGAGAGCCGGUGGUCACCUCUUGUGGCCAUCUCUUCUGCUGGCCUUGCUUGUACCAAUGGCUCAAUGUUUACUCCAACCACAAGGAAUGCCCGGUCUGCAAAGGCGAGGUGACGGAGGCGAAUAUCACUCCUAUCUAUGGGAGAGGGAAUUCCAGUUCAGAUGCAGAGAAGGCUGUUGAAGAGGGUAAGCAGCCAGGUCCUGCGAUCCCACCAAGGCCACAUGGAAAUCGGCUUGAGAGUUUUAGGCAGCAGUUUCAGCACUUGCGUCCAAUGUCAAGAAGGCUCGGUGAUGCGCAUGGGAUACUGUCAUCAUGGAGGCGCCUUCUCGAUCAGCAGAUUAUGAGUAGUGUGAGUAGAUUUGAAGGCCCACCCGAACCAGCUGCAAAUGAAGCAGGUGAUAUUGCUCAACACACAAGUCGCCUAAGUAGAUUGGCCAAUAGGAUGAGGGCAAGACGGUUGCAGGGUGAGUUGGAUAACCCUCCUGAUGCUGGCUCCAUUGCCCCUGAUAGUGGUUUGCGUGGAAAUAAUGCACCAGAUGCACCCAGACAGCAUUUACCAGAAGGAAUUGAUUUGCUGCAACGACUUACUCUUAUUGGCAUUGCAAAUACAGAAAGGUUGGCAACUGCUAUGAAUGACCUGAGGAGAAUAGCUGCACCUAGUCAAUAUGGAGCAUCUGCUUCGUCAUCAAACCCGUUGAAUCCUGAGGCAACACUUGAGAGAACUCAUGUUGCUGCAGUACCCUCUACAGACCAAGCAUCUAAUUCGAGCACCAUUGCAGUGAUACAGGGGGACACAGCUAUUUCUGAGACAGCAGGAGAGCCUAGUAAUGCAGGGUCUUCCAGAACCCUCAGGAGAAGGGGGAGAAGCAAUGCCUUGGCUUCUUUAGAUGUGGAUGGUGGUCCUCCACAGCGCAACAAGAGGCGGAGGAUGAACUGAACCUUCUUGGCUGUGGUGUUUAUAGCUGCACCUUAGUCAAUACAGAGCAUCUGCUUCAUUGCCAAACCCUUUGAAUCCGGAGGCAACAGUUGACAGAAAUCAUGUUGGUGCAGUACCCUCUCUCUACAUACCAAGCAUCUAACUCGAGCACCAUUGCAGUGAUACAGGGCUUUGACAUCACUGAGGAAAAAGUGGAGAAGCAAUGCUUUGGCUUCUUCAGAUGUGUACGGUGGCCCCCCGCAGCGCAACAAGAGGCGGAGGAUGAACUGAACCUUCCGGUUGUGGUGUUUCUUUGAACUUCAUAAUGUGCUUCACUGAUUUCAGUUAUUGCAUUUCGUUUCUGUGGGCAAGAUCUGCUAUGUUGUAGUGUAACAGUGUUUCUUAUCCAUUUGUUUACUAGACAAUAGUACCACCAAAAUGGUUGUGUCGUUCCUCUGAAGCAUGUACCUCUUUAAUCUAUUCCUAAGUUGUAUUCCUAAGUUGUUGGUCAAACCAAAUGUGGAUGAAACUAGACAGUUGUUGUUGGAUGAUAAUUUUACUGUUUAUAAA